AUGGCAUACUAUUUCUAUGUAGUAGCGCUUCGCAGCUCUCCGUGCGAACCCCGACGACGAAAUCAUUCCAUCCAGCCGUCGAAGCCGUGUUCUCGGGGGUUUGGGAUUGUGAUUUUGUAUAAAUCUCUAAGUUUAUGUGCCAACAACAUUAAAAACCGAGAUAAUCUGAAACGUUCGAGCCGCCUGCAAAGCUGCUCUAAAGGAUUUGCCGAGCCCGCAUUAUCUGUGAUACAGCUCAGCCUCUCGUCCGUCCUAUAA